UAAUGAGCCAAUUCCUCGUUUGCCAACCCGAGAUAGCAGGAGUGAAGAAGAAGAAGCAGGCGUGGAAGCAGGAAGUGACAGGAGGAGAAGAUGUUGACGUUCAGUUUAACCCUCGUGAGACAUGGGGAAACGACGUACAACAGAGACAAGCUGCUGCAAGGUCAGGGUGUUGACACGUCCCUGUCAGAGACGGGUUCACUGCAGGGAGACGCGGCUGGAAGGUACCUCAGAGACAUCGCCUUCAACAACGUGUUCGCCAGCAACUUACAACGGGCUGUGCAGACGGCUGAACUCAUCGUGAGGAGCAACACUCACUGUUCUGGCAUGGAGAUGGUCCUGGAGCCGUUACUCAGAGAGAGGGGUUUUGGUGUCGCUGAAGGACGACCCAAAGAGCAUCUGAAGAACAUGGCCAACGCCGCCGGCCAGUCGUGUCGAGAUUACACGCCCCCGGGAGGAGAGACUUUAGGACAGGUGAGACUGCGAUUCAAAAAAUUCCUAAAAGGCCUUUUCAAGCAAAUGUUGGAGGAACACGGCGCGUCUGAGUCGGACGCCUCUGAUGGAGCGUUAGCCGCUGGAGACGCCCCAAAGGACGUGGCAGCUGCCGCCUCGGACGUCCCCUCGGUCGGUGCGGCUGACGACGGCCUGCAGGGUCUCGCGGUCCACGCUCUGGUGGUGAGCCACGGUGCCUACAUCCGUGUGGCCAUCGGGCACCUUGUGGAGGACUUGAAGUGCUCCCUACCUGUAGGGGUGAAGAUGUCCCACUUGAUCGCACCCUGUCCGAACACCGGCAUCAGCCGCUUUAUCUUCACUCUGAGCCCGUCGGAGUCCGGCCCGGUGCUCUCUGCCGCUCGCUGUGUGUUCACCAACAGAACGGACCACCUGGCAGAGCUCACAGCCGCUGAGUAGUGAGUAGUGGUUCUGUGUGUGUGUGUGUAGCAUCUGUGCACGUUAUGUUCAACAUGUAAAGAAACAAACGCUAAAGGGAAAUAAGAGACCUCAAGAGUUACCACGGGUGACCCGAACAAGAACAAACAGGGUAAAUGGUGUUUUACUCAGUCAUCUAUAUGUUUUACUGUGGAUCAGUAACAUAAAUACCUGUAUUAGCAAAGAUGUGAUCCUUCCAACUGUAGGCCAGUAAAGACUCGAGUGUCAGUCUCCAUAUUUAAUGUUCUAUUACCUCUUUUAUUGCCAAAGUCUAUUUAAUGUUUUAGUGAACACUGAUGAGUCUCCUGUGCAGCUGCUCAUUUUUACUUUUACGUGCAAUAUAAGAUGACAACACAAAAUCUUUGUUUGAGUUUUUUAUGCACAUAUCUGAAAACGCUGUGAAACAACAUUAUUAUUUAUGUCUAUGUGGGCGGAUACUUCAUACUCAUAGGUGUCUCUGAACACCUAUAUAUAUUAUACUUCAUAUUUGUGUAUAUAAAAGGGGAAAUAUUUCACUUAUUAACUCCACAGCAUUUAUUUGACUGAUUUAAUCGAAUAGAUUCUACAACCAAAUAUUAAACAGAUAAUAAUUUGGCGAAGAUUCCCAAGACGUUCAUUUACACGAGGGUAGUUAUACAUUUAUUUUGUCUCAGCUGUUUUAUGCUGUUAUCUGUGACUAGACUAUUACUUGGCCUGGAGCUGUAUAAGUUCUGGAAUCGUCACCACAGCAGCGGAAAUGUUGAGCUAUUCCCUGGAAGGUUAAUGGACUACAACGACCAAUUAAGCCGUCGGUCAAAGCUGAAAUCGCGCCGCAGCUCAUGUGCCCGUUUGCUAAUGAAUCUAAGUGAGGUGUGAAAAGUGCAGGAUCCUCGGCUCCUGAGCGGAACUCCACAGAAACUGGGUCGAUUGUUAAACCUGCUCCCAUAUUCAUGACUUCCGUUUGCAUAGUACAUGUUGUCCCCGGGAAAUGACGAAGCACACAAAGCACCAAAUGUUUAAAGAUCCACACGAAAGAAAGACACAAAUCUGACACACAACUUUUCCUCUAUGAGUUUAUUUUGUCCCAAAUUCAAGCAACGCUCCAUCCACAACUCCUGCUCAUACAUUCAAAGACAAACCAUGUUUUCUUACAGUAUAUGUACAUUGUAAAGGAAAAAGCAUUCCAUAUAAAUACCAUAAAUAACACUAAGGAAUGGUUUUAAAUAAAUAAAUACUCGUUGGGACUGGGGCUCAUGUUGCUGGUGGUGCCCGGCACCCGUAAAAUCAUAGAGUUCAGAUUUGAAUUCAAGAUCACUGCUCCACAAAGGUUGUUUACCCUGUUGUCAUAUUACUUCAAGUCAAGAAUUAUAGGUUGUAUUAUUGGUGGCAAAAUUAAAAAAACACAAUUGCAGAAACAGAUAAUGUAAGUGAUUGCAGUGAUAUCGUUUUUUGGUUUUGUUUUUAGGUUCAACAUCUUACAAUAAACUUCAAAUCAUCUUUAUCCAACUCAACAAAUGUAGGACUUUGAAAAACAAGCAAUACCUCAUUGUAACUCUACUAAUGCACAUUCUGAAGUACACGGAUGCUGUUAUGUAAAAAUCCCCCCAACCUCGUUUCACAUCAGUAGACCGGGCCUUCCGUCCCCCACAGGGAGGCUGAAGUCAGGCUUCUGUCUGGUGGGGGGGUUAAUGUCACUUUGAAAUGUGGGUUUCUCAGACCAGCUGCAAAAACCAUGAUGAGAAGAGACCACACAAAAAAACUAAACAAAUUGUUAUUAUAUAUUUAGGUUAUUUUUUUGUCCUGCUUUUCAAAAGAUUCCUGAAACUAUAUCUACAUGCAAGAGAGUGAUAAUUUAUUAUAAUGGGUGGGAAUUGAUUUU